AAUUGAACAAAAUAAGAGGAUUCUUCGCGGCCAAGAACAGAUUAAAGCACAAAAUUUAGAUAUUAAAAAUACUCUCGCAGGUGUGAUGGACAACACUAUUCCGCGAGAACCAGAUUUAGACGGAAUAAAAGAGGAGUUUCAUAUUCCAGUGACAGAUUUUAAGUUUUUCGACACCCUUAAUGCUGUCCUCAAACAGGACAAAAUCAAGAGAUCAAAAAUGAGGACGUACUUAAUUGGUGUUGGCAGUUCACAAAGUCGAGUUGUUGGUAAUAUGUUAUCAAAACUAAUGAAGUUUUCAGUAGGAGCUCAAUUCUGCCUUAAAGGACAAAAUGCGAACAAACGCCGCUUUGACAAGACUGAAAUUAUGGAUUUAGUAACUGAGUGUGUUCGCUCAACUCCUGGUGUGCGUCUGACCGAAACUGAUGUAAAAACAAAAAUUGGUCGUUGGUUGAAAUCGGCACCUAAAAAAUUGGGAAAAGAUGAUACUGAAGAUGAAUUAGCUGAAAGCGGCGAGAACGAUUACUAG